UGCAACGGGAGAAGACAUCGUCUCGAGGGAAAAUAUCGGCAGUUGGAAGAUGAGCGAGAAGCCUCCGUGGGCAUAUAUGUUGCCCGAGAUUUUGUGCUUGAUUCGUGAGAGAUUAUCGUGGGAGGAUUAUUUCAGUUUUAGAUUGACAUGUCGUCACUGGAACUAUUCCGCUGAACUAGACCAUGGCGUCUACAAGAAUAUCAAGUAUCCUUUCCUGCUGCAUUAUUCCAAGACCAUUAUUGGAACUGAUUCAUCCGCUCUCUUGAACUACUGUUGUCGAGCCUACUCCCCUGCAUAUUUCAAAACGUAUUAUCUGCGCGCACCCGACGAAGUUUCCGAUGCAUGUAUUUCAUGCUCCUGGUACGGAUGGCUGCUUUUCUCCGGAGAGGGCCGCAUUUUCUUUUAUCAUCCCUCCACGAGAGACAUCAUUCACUUGCCCUAUUACGACCGAAAUAAAUGCGGUAGCUUCAACCGGAUGAGUUUUUCGGCCCCACCUACGUCCCCUGACUGUGUGGUUAUCGGUCAAGUGGAUAUCAACUCCGAGAAGCGAACGAGGAUCGUCUUCAUUCAGCGAGGACAGAGUUCUUGGAAUCACGAUCGAAACGUCCACAACGUGGCGAGGUUGAAGAGCUACCGUCCCAAGAAGUUGAGAGCAGGCAACGUGAAGAAGAUCAAAGUCAAAUCCGAAGUCGUCCGAAUGGAUCUGACCAGGUCUCAAAGGAAGGCUAAUUUCUUCUGGCCUCAUUACAAUUCUUCCCCGCUUUUCCACAGAGGAGCAUUCUACUGUCUGUCUCAGGAUGGAAGGCUGGGGGUUUUCAAUCACUAGGCGAAAAAUAAGGACAAGGCGUGGAGGGUAUUUGAUGCAUCAUCGGCCGACAUCUUUCGUGACAACAUAGUGAAUGAAGCUUAUUUAGUGGA